UGCAGCUGUUUGUUUAUUUUUCAUAUCUGCCCAAACAGGACUCAUGGAGUCAUGAGUGGAUGUGACCUGGUGAAAUGAUCCCCAUGCCCAAAAGCAUUCCAAGUAGACUGUUUACAGAGGAGGCUUUUUCUUGUGGUUCUAUGUGCCUCCACUGCCACAUGGGUGUGUCUCCUUUGGGGUUUUUUGAGGGGGUGAGGCUGUACCGAGUGACUAAAAACGCACAGCAAAAGAGAGCUCUGUUCUGCACAGAGGAAAUGGGCGUUCUCUUGGAAAGUUUUGAUGGAGUGACUGAAAACAGAAGGGGGUGUGGUAUGGUUGGAGAGGAGAAGACCACCAAGUGGGACUAAACCAUGAAGUAGAAGUAGAGUGGUGAAGCUGCUUUUUUUUCAGCUCCCGAGACCUGAUUUAGAAAGACAAGAAAUAUAUAGGGGAGUUGAAAAUGGCCUACCUGCUUAUGUUUGUGACCCUGCUGCAUCUCAUCACACUUGCAAUUUUGUUUAUUGCAACUAUGGAGAAGUCCUGGUGGGUGUGGGAAGGCAUGGGGAACUCCGACCUGUGGUACAACUGUAGGUUUGACAACUUCACAGGAACCUGGUUGUGUGCAUCCUCCAAAGAAACUGAGUGGCUUCAGGCGGUGCAGGUCCUGAUGGUUCUCUCAGUGGUCUUCUCCUCCGUCUCCUUCUUGGUGUUCCUGGGACAACUGUUCACCAUGUCUAAGGGUGGACUCUUUUACUUCACUGGGUUGUGUCAAAUCUUUGCAGGGCUGGCCGCCUUUACUGCAGCUCUGAUUUACACAUUACACAAUAAGGAAAUCCUUCAGGACUCCAGAGAACUGACAUCCGGACGCUUUGGCUACUGCUUCAUUCUGGCCUGGGUGUGUGUCCCCUUGUUGCUGUGUAGCGGGGUCAUCUACAUCCACCUACGUAAGAAAGAGUGACCCCAAAAAAGGGUAUUUCACAAUGAUUUUUGUUUUUGUUUAAAAUGAGGAAAAUAAAUAAUUAAAUUGAUUCUUUUUUUUUAAUCAGAAAUGCUUAUUUUUCAGAACUCAGAAGUGUCUUGAUCAUUACUCAUGCUUUAGUUAAUUUCAUAAUGUUCCAAUAGCCUAAAUGUGCAUGUUUUUGCAUACAUUUAAUUACAUAUAAUGUCACUUUUCUAUUUAAAGAUGUGUACACUAUUGUCCUGUCUUGACCAAGAAAGGUAAAUAAAUACCAAAGCAGUAUUAUUUCUUUUAAUAGAAUUGUGUACGCAUUGAAUUACAUUUAAUAUCAAGAUGGAGCAAGUUGAAAAUGUUUAUAUUUUUAUACGUAAAGCUGAUCUUAUGAAUAUAUUCAGUAGCUGUUUAAAAUGAUCACACAAAGAUACAUAACACGUGAAAUGUUUAUUAUCUACAACACCCACAGUUGUUUUCAUUUUGAUAAUAUAUUAUAUAAAAUGCAAAUGUGAUACCAAAUAAAGCUGUAAACUAGUCC